AUGUACAACUCUGUAUUAAAAUACUCACUUAAAACACAAUUAAGGACGCUUCAGCGUCCAAUGUGGCGUUAUCAAAGUAGUGUGGCAUAUAUUAAUGCUAUGAAAUCAUUAAAGCUAGGCUUAAAAAAGGCAAUGAUAGCUAAAGAUGAAGCACGUAAGACUACUAUUAGAUCAAUUUUAUCUGCCGUUAAAAAUGAGGAAAUUGAUAAGAAUGAGAAAUCUGACAUGGAUGAAUAUGCACUUUUUGAAGUUUAUGAGAAAUUAAUAAAACAGAGAAAGGUAUCGAUAGAAGAUUAUAAAAAAAACAAAAGGGAUGAUUUAGUUGAAAAAGAAGCUACCGAAAUGAGUAUAAUUGAGCAAUAUUUGAAAGAAUUGCCCGUAGCAACAGAAGAAGAGAUUGCCUUGAAUGCCGAAAAGUUGCUCCAAGGUACUUACAAAGAAAAUCCAAAGCAAUCAUUAAAAGAUAUAAUAAAAACUAGUAACAUUAAAGAAAUCUCUCAGGCUUGGAAUUGUUCUGAAAAAGCUGUAAGAGCAGCACUAGCUAAGCACUACAAGAAAGUUUUCUCCGAAUAG